UUGGAAAUUGCACAGAUUAUCUUAAUAUUACGCUUCACUAUCACGUUGCGAGAAUAUCGUAGAUAUCGUACAUGAGAUAAGUUACAUCAACAGGAUGGGACACAAACAGCUGUUGAGCUAAACAUGGCUGCUAUAAAGAACGGUUUGUUGACACUCUCGAAUAUUUUUUCAAAAAGUACAAGUCUCGCGGCUUGCGGUUUCCAGCAAGUUCGUACGAAAUAUGUUAAUCGAUGGAUGAUUCGUGAUGUUAAACGAAGAAAACUGGCAGAAAAAUAUGCACCGGAACGAUUACGCUUAGUGGCUAUGAAGAGGAAUGACAUUUUGCCACUUGAACUUCGGGAAGCAGUAGGCAAACAAAUAGAUGAAACAAUUCCUCGGCAAACUGCUUUAAGACAGUUAACACCACGUUGUAUGUUAACGUCUCGUCCACGUGGUACUCUUCCCAGGUGGAGAUUAUCAAGAAUCGUAUUCCGCCACUUAGCUGAUUACAAUAAAUUAGCUGGAGUGCAGCGUGCGAUUUGGUAGAGGCUAUACACAGAACUCAAUUUUAAUACCUGUGAAACAUAGUCAUUUAUAGAAAUAUGUGAUUAUAAUAUUGAAUAAAUGUACAUAAAAACUAA